CCACCCCUUCCUCGGGAAUCCCGCGAGUUUUUUCCUCCGGGAGGUCAAAAGCAUCCUUUCGCCUCCGCCGCCGCGUCCUCCUCCUCCUCCUCAUCCUCACGCGCGGAAACUGUUUGUACUCGAGCCCACUCCAACUCCACUCCACUACGCCGAUCGUGUCACACGCACGCGCGCAUGGCGGCGGUCGCGCUGCUCUCGCCAGCGGCGGCUGCGGCGGUGGUGACAGAGGGUGAGGAGAAGCCGCCGCUGGAGGAGGUGGAGGUGGAGGUGGAGGUGGUGGUGCGGGCGAUCGUGGCCGACGGCGACGGGAGGGAGGCGAAUGCGGCGGCGCCGGGGGCGAAUUGGUGCGGGGAGGAGGAGGUGCCGGCGCAUGCAGCGGAGGGGGGCACGGUCGCCGCGAUGGUGGACGAGAAUGCGGCGGCGCCUGCAGCGGAGGGGGACACGGUGGCCGCGGCGAAGGGGGAGGCGCCUGCAGCGGAGGGGGACAUGGUGGUCGCCGCGAAGGGGGCGGCGCAUGCAGCGGCGGAGGGGGACACGGUGGCGGCGGCGGCGGUAGCGGGCGAGAACGAGGCGGCGCAUGCACCAGCAGCGGGGGGGAACACGGUGGCCGCGGCUGCGGAUGUCAAGGGCGAGGCGCUUCAAGCGAUUCCGGUGGCCGACGAGGCGGCGGCCGUGGCGGAGGGGGUUAACGCGAUCGCCGCGGCGGAGCGGGAGGAGGACGACGAGGGGGUGAAGUGGCUGAAGCACUACUCCUCCCUCCAGAGCAUACUCACCGUCGGGGACGGGGACUUCUCCUUCUCGCUGGCGCUCGCCACCGCGUUCGGCUCCGGCGACAACCUCGUCGCCACCUCGCUGGACACCAUUGAGGACCUGAGGGGCAAAUACAGCAAAGCAGAAUCAAAUAUAAUGGAGCUGAAAAGGAUGGGGGCCACUGUUUUGCAUGGCAUCGAUGCAAAAAGGAUGAAGGAUCACACCAACCUGAAGCUGAGACGGUUUGAUCGAAUUAUCUUCAAUUUUCCUCAUGCUGGAUUCAAAGGAAAAGAGGAUGAUUUGCAUAUGAUCAAUUUGCACAGGGAGUUGGUAUGGGGUUUUUUUCAGAAUGCAAGACACCUGCUUCGACCCUAUGGUGAAAUUCAUGUUAGCCACAAGAUAGGAUUGCCAUAUGACAGGUGGUGUAUCGAGCAUCUAGCAUAUGAGUCUUCUCUUACAAUGAUUGCUAAAGUUGAUUUCAGAAAAGAGGACUACCCAGGUUACAACCAAAAGAGAGGAGACAGUGCAAAGUGUGAUCAACCUUUUGAACUAGGUGCUUGCUGCACUUUCAUGUUCAUGAGAGAUUUGACGAGGCUGAAAAGGGCACGUCGGAACAGGAUCAAUGCAUCUUCACUGGGAAUCCAAGCCCAACAUGACAUGCCAUUUCACCCACGUCCGCUUGUUCCAGCAUAUCCUCAGCCACAUUUCCCUUCACAAGUCAAUGCAGCUCACAGGCAAGUUCCUCCAGAGCAUUACCCCCUCGGAAUUGCUCAUGGGCAAGAGCCAGGUUUUCUAGAUAACUUUGGUGGCAUAGAGAGGUAUCCUUACCAGCGUGGCGCUAUCGGGACAGUGAUCGGCAUGCCAGGCACUCCUUCACCAAUGCGCGGAAUAACCAGAAGUAGCUUCCCUGCACCUCAGGAGCAGCCUUGGCGUCAAGAGAGAUAUAUUAUGGAUCCAGAAGUAAGAGAUGAUCACUACCAUUUUGCCCGGGAAUACCCGAGGAAUCUGCAGGAGUAUGAAAUGGAGAGGCAGGUGAUGCCAGGAGGAACCAGGUUGAGGUACGUCGAUUUCCUGGAAAAUCGUUACGAGGAAUCUGUUCGGAGGCAGGAGCACCUGCGAAGGCUGAUUGCAGAGUAUGGUGGAUACGACUGAUGGUCUUCAGUGUAUGGGUGUAUCUUUUAUCUGCUUGUAGAACAGAUGAACUCGCCCUUUCAAGAUGUGAUAUGCUCGGUCUGAUAUGGGUAUUGAAAGAUGCUUUUGGGUUGAAGCUGUACAGGUAGAGUCAUUUUGUGUGGCAAAUUAUCGUCUAGCCACAAAAACAUAGCAGCAUAAGGAAAUGCUCUUUAGUGUAAGAAAUCCUAUACUUUCAGGCAAUAGUUGCUACCUGCAACAAGCCAACAACUAUCUUCAUAUAUGCACAGCGUUUCGAGCGCCA